AAAAGAGACGAUCGUUUAUGAAAAUGGGCGUGAAGGAAGGAACGAUGAGAAAGAUCGCCGGCGAUGGUUUAUCGGUCAAUCUCCACUCGAACGAGCAGAUCCUCGAGAUCAAGGGUGACGGAUGCGACAUCACGAUGUCGAAGAAUCGUGGCAGCGUGAAAGUUAUAGGAGAUGGUUGCCGAUUGAGGAUCGUUCAGAACAUGGGUGACGUGGAGUACACGGGGGACGGUGGCCAGGUACUUUUGGGCCCGAAAUCCAGCAAGGAUAAGAAAGUGAAGUACGUUGGGGAUGGUGGUAGGAUAAAAUUCGACGUGGAGUUAACGAUGAGCAACCGGAAGUCUCGUAAGGAGGAGGGAGCAGGGAAGGGGACGGUGGACGAGGAAAAGAAGAAGAAGGGUCUCUCUGAAGAAAGGAAUGGCGCGAAGAAUCGGGAAGAGAUGGAAAACAGUUUGAACAGGAGAAAAGAACGAAACAAAAUGUCCGGCAGGGAGGAGAAGAAGGGGGAGAGGUUGAGGACCAGGAUCGUUACCACUUUCGAGUACGACGAGAAGAUCGUGAAGAAGUGGUUCGUGAAUCCGGAUAAGGUGAUCAGAAAUUUGGGAGAUGCAGGUCCUUUCGUGAAAAUUGUGCCGAAAGAGAAAAAGAAAACGAAGAUUUAGGUAGGAAAUAACAAUAUAAAAAAAAAGGA